AUGGCGGCCUCCGACACGGUUAGGCUACGGCUUCAAUUUGAUUAUCCGCCUCCAGCUACCCCUCACUGCACGGCCUUUUGGCUUCUCGUCGACUUGAACAGAUGCCGAGUGGUCACGGAUCUCAUUAGUCUCAUCCGCCAGCGCUUCGGCUUCAGUUCUGGGGCCAUCCUGGGCCUCUACUUGAGUGGACCAUCGAGAGCGCGCCUGGUACGAGACCAGACAUGCCUGUGAAUGACUCACUGUAGCUUUCUCUCUUGUUGUUUUGCUAGAGUUAAAUUAGAAGAGAGAGAAACUGCGGAGAAUACUGUAACAGUCAAGAAUGGUGACGAUAGUCAUUUAUUACCCAGAAAAGCAAAGAAGAGGGCAUUUAAGUUGGAGGAAGGUGAAGAAACCGAACUAGAUUACAGAAAUUCAAAGAAACAUUGGAAGAGGCAAGAGAACAGUAGCAAUGGGAAGACCUUGGAUCUAGAACCUAAAGCUGCCACAGAUCAGAGUAUGAGGAAAAAGGGCAAGAGGAAAAACAAAGCCAUGUGUGGUGUAGUGGAUGGUGAUGACAAAGAAACCAAAAGAAAGUCACCAAAGAGGAAGGAGAAAUGCGAACUUAAAAGGCAGACCAAGAACUCCAGGUCUUCUAAAGCACAGACAGUGAAGGACUGGGCCAUCUCGAACUGUGGUCCUCUGAAAGGCUCACCUGCUAGGAACAGCCUUGUCAAAGCCAAAAGGAAAGGCGGCGCGGGCGUCUGUCCAAAAGACAGCCCCAUUUCCUCCUCAGAGUCCGAGUCUUCUCAUGAGUCCACCAGUGAUGGUGUCAGCAAUGUCCUCUUGGAGGUCAGAAAUUCCUCAGAGAAAACAUCAACUGAGUUAUCAAAGGAAGGGCCCUCGACAAAAAACACGACUGCAAACAAAGUGGCUGCCAAAACUGGCUUCACCUGUGCGGCCGUCAAGUGCAAGACGACCAGAGCAUCAUCUUCCAGUUCGGACUCCAGCUCGGAGUCGGACGACCAGUGCACGGUGUCGAAGAGCGCCCCGGAGCGCGCUGCGGGUUUCUUAAAGCCUGUAGGCCUCUUUGCAGGAAGAGGCUGUCCGGGCCCGGGGCCGUGUGCGCAGACCCCACACGCUGCCGGGUGGAAGCUCUCGGACGCAAACGGUGCCAGACAGGCUCCUCCCGGGCCCCCUCCCAACGUGACUCUCCCCACCAGUUUGGGAAGAGGCUGGGGGAGAGGAGAGGACCUUCUUUCUUGGAAGGGAGCUAGGGGUCGGGGUGUGCGGGGGAGAGGCCGGGGCCGAGGGCAAGCUGUUUCCUUUGUGUUAAAUAGAAACCCUGAGUAUCAGAAGCACCAGCAACUAAAUGAAAUGGUAACAAACUCCUCUACUAUUAUCCAGAAUCCGGUAGAGACACACAAGGACUACAGUUUGUUACCGCUGUUAGCAGCUGCCCCACAAGUUGGAGAAAAGAUUGCAUUUAAGUAUAUUCCAGUGUUUCACCUGCUGGUUUUUGACUUGGACUUUUAUUUUUGAAAGGAAGGAAAAAUACUAAGCCACAAUCCAGACACCCAGCAAGUAGAUAUAGAAAUUCUUUCAUCCUUACCUGCCAUGAAAGAACCUGGGAAAUUUGAUUUGGUUUAUCACAACGAAAAUGGAACUGAAGUAGUGGAGUACGCUGUGACGCAGGAGAAGAGGAUCACUGUUUUUUGGAGAGAGUUGAUUGAUCCAAGACUGAUCGUUGAACCUCCGAGUACCAUACCAAGUACAGAGCCUGCUCGAGGAUGA